CUCACGCAUCCGUCACGGCGCCUGAGGAAACACGCCGGUAACGUGCUGGGUCUCCUGCCUCUCCUCCUGCCCACGGGCACACGCUGCCCGGGGCACAGCCAGCUUAUAGCCCUGCAACACCCCUGCGUGAUGGAGACCAGAGACAGAGCUGCUGGAGACGUGGACACAUAGCUGUGCUUAUUUUUUAUGCGCUUAAAAAGCCUGCUGUGGUGGAGCCAGCCGGCAGGCAGGGAUCCGUAGGAAGCGAUGGACGGAAACACAUGCGCCGGGGCUCAGGAGAGGUGGGAAUGUGCCUAACACUCCAUUUACUGCUGAGAGCCUCAGGCUGUCUGCAGAGAGACCUCUCUUGCCACUCUUCUGCAGAAAAGCUCUAGAGAAAGCAAAGCAACAUGUACACCUUCCUUCCUGAGAACUUCACACCAGUGAAGCAGAAGCCCUCCAAGGAGCUGAGGCCCAUGCUUGGGGCCAUCUUGCUGGGCCUCAUCCUGUUCAUUGCAGCGGUGGUGGCCUGGUGCUACUACACAGUGUCCCUGCGGAAGGCAGAGCGGCUCAAGACAGAGCUGAUGGACCUGCGGGCAAAUGGCUUUGUCAUCAGGAACCAGCACGGGGAGGUGGUCUUCCGCCUGGCCUUCCACUCAGGCAGCCUCAACCUGGAGUCCUGCUCCAAGGAAGGUGAGAUUUUGAGCUGCACACGGUCGAGCAGGGGCCCGCUCAACUUCUUCAUCCAGACGGUGAAGCCCAAGGACACGGUGAUGUGCUACCGUGUGCGCUGGGAGGAGCUGGCAGAGGGCCCGGCAGUGGAGCACAUCAUGUUCUGGGAGAACGCCCACUGGUACGGGGGCUCAGAGAUGAGCACCCAGCACUGGCCCAUCCGCCUGGCCGGCUACCAGGAGCCCAUGCCCUACGUCACCAGUGACGUCUACUCCUUCCGUGACAGCUUUGGGGGCAUCCUCGAGCGCUACUGGCUCUCCUCCAAGGCGGCAGCCAUCAAGAUCAAUGACUCUGUGCCCUUCCACCUGGGCUUCAACGCCACCGAGCGCGCCCUCUUCUUCCAGGCCCGCUACAAGGACUCACCAUACAAGCCCCCACCGGGGCAGCCGCCCUUCCCCGAGCUCAGCUACCGCGUCUGCGUGGGCUCUGACGUCACCUCCAUCCACAAGUACAUGGUGCGCAGGUACUUCAACAAGCCCUCCAAGAUCCCUGCUGAGAAUGCCUUCCGGUACCCCAUCUGGUCCACCUGGGCACUCUACAAGAACGAUAUUGACCAGGAUAAACUCUUGAGAUUUGCAGAGAAGAUCAAGAAGUACCGUUUCAACUGCAGCCACAUCGAAAUCGAUGACAUGUACACGCAAGCCUACGGGGACUUUGACUUCGACCCUGUGAAAUUUCCCAAUGUGACAGAGAUGUUUGCAAAACUGAGGGAAGAUGGGUUUAAGGUCACCUUGUGGACUCACCCUUUUAUAAACUACAAUUCCUCCAAUUUUGGGGUGGGAAUCGAGCGCCAGCUGUUCAUUAAGGAGCCAUCGGGACGGUUGCCAGCCAUGGUGGAAUGGUGGAAUGGCAUUGGGGCCAUCCUGGACUUCACCAACCCAGCAGCCCGGGACUGGUUCCAGAGCCACCUGCGCCAGCUCCGACACAAGUACGGCAUCUCAUCCUUCAAGUUUGACGCGGGCGAGACCAGCUACCUGCCCAAGCAGUUCAGCACCUUCCGCCCACUCUCAGACCCCAGCAUCUGGUCACGGCGCUACACCGAGAUGGCAAUCCCCUUCUAUGAGCUGGCCGAGGUGCGGGUGGGCUACCAGUCACAGAAUAUCUCCUGCUUCUUCCGCAUCAUUGACCGUGACUCUGUCUGGGGCUACGAGCUUGGUCUCAAGUCCCUCAUCCCCACAGUGCUCACCAUCAGCAUGCUGGGGUACCCCUUCAUUUCCGCUGACAUGAUCGGGGGGAAUUUCUUCCCCAACAAGACAGACGGCGCGGUGGAGAUUCCUGACCGGGAGCUGUACGUGCGCUGGCUGGAGCUGUCGGCCUUCAUGCCCUCCAUGCAGUUCUCCAUUCCGCCCUGGCUCUAUGACAAAGAAGUGGUGGAGAUAGCACAGAAGUUCACAGAGCUCCAUGAGUCACUGGUGGCUCCACUGCUGCUGGAGCUGGCUGGAGAGGUGACCGACACAGGCGACCCUAUCAUCCGUCCCAUCUGGUGGAUAUCACCCAGUGAUGAGGCUGCUCACAGGAUUGACUCCCAGUUCCUCAUUGGGGACACCCUGAUGGUGGCACCUGUCCUGGAGAUGGGCAAGCAGGAGCGUGAUGUCUACCUGCCAGCGGGCAAGUGGCGCAGCUACAAGGGGGAGUUGUUUGAGAAGACCCCAGUGCUGCUCACAGACUAUCCUGUCGACCUGGAUGAAGUCGCCUACUUCCUCUGGGUUUCCUAAGGGCCUCCUCCGUCAGCUGUGGAAUAACCAUGCCUUACCUAGAACUUUGUAACAAAUAAUAAUUCUAAUUGCACAUUUCAUUUCAAACUGGGGAUAAUGAAGGGAGUUAAAUAGACUUCACUCUCUUCUGGGUUGUUUUUUUUUUGUUUUUUUUUUAUUUGGCUGGCAGCUGAUCUUUUUUUCUCUUCUCAAUUUGGCAGUUUGAGUUACGGUAGGCAGAAUUUUCUCAGUGGAGGCCAGGAAGGAGUUGUCAGCCUGUCUGCAGGCACAUAGUAAACUCAAUAUCUUUCAGUUCUCAAGGAUUUCGAGAGGUGGAGGUUGAUUAGCACUAAUGGGAUUAUUUUUGGUCUCAUGGGAGCACGCAGUGCUGUGCGUGGGGGGAUGUGAUGUGGGAGGGUUGCCACAGCACAGCUUCCUCUGUUUUAUAGCAUGGCAAAUACGUUUAAACCCAAACUUUUUUAGGAGCUGGAAGCAAAUGAUAGAUCGACGGAUAGACAGGUAGUUUUAUACGGGGCUUUUUUCUCCAUUUGGUGUAACCUGAUGCUGGGACUAACAGUUGCUCCACACUCCUGCUGUUCUGGGUACCAGACAGGUUACUUGAAUGAUGUCCAGAUAUUUUGUCUGUACGGGCUGUGUAUCUCUGGGGCUCCUGCAUCCCACCUUCUCACCCAUUCACUGUCUGCUGCUAGGCACUUGCCUGUACGAUUUGCCUUGAGCAUCAACAUAUGCCCCAUUAGUCUUUUUAAACUGUUCAUAGGCCUGCUUCACUACAUGCUUAUCUUGCUGGUACCACCACUGUUUUUUUAAAGAACAGGUGAGCUUUGAGGUUUGCUGCUGGCAGAAGAACUGCCUGAAGCAAAGCCGUUCUCAUAAAGCACAGGCGGUGCUUGCCCGGUGGCCAGUGGCAUGUGUCUUGGAUUGUCAGUGACAUCUGCUGCUGGCCCGCUUGACAGUGGGUGGAAAACACCAACUUCUGCACUGAUGGAUUUGUGCCAGUGAGUGUUCUCACUGCACCCGUGGAAAAGUUCUCAUCUGCCAUGAAAUUCAGCUUACCUCUGUCUCAGGUCGCAGUUAGAGGUGGUGAGUUUUGUUGCAGGGAGGGUUCUGAAGCAGCUUUCCUCUAGGGCAAAUUAGGAGCCUUUCUCAGGCAGCAUUUUUGGUGCUGGACGUGGGAUUGCUGUCAGAGGUUUCUAAAGGGGACACGAAGUGAUGUAGUCGUGCAUCCUAAGUGUCUAGCAGUUGGGAUACAACUGCAAAGAUACCUCUUUCCCAUGUGGUUUUGUACCAGAAGGUGUAUUUGGAGAGACAGGCAAUCUCUGCUUCAAAACAGAGCAAACAGGACUGAAGUCUGGCAGGCUUCCUCCCCAGGACAGGACAUUCCUGGCUGUGCCCUGGCUGGGAGCGUGUUUCUGUCCCUGAAUUUCUAAUUAGUCUCUGUGGAAUUGAACUGCGUUGACUGAGAAGGUUUGGGGCACCCUGCCCAGGCUACAGCCAGCCAAGAAGAUCUCAGCAUCCCCAGAGUUUCUUCUGGAAUUCUGUCUGUGCUGAGCAUGGAUCCAACUGGAGUUUGACACUAGGGCUGAUGAUGCUGUGGUUUGAGUAGGGUUGGGUACCAGUGAGGAUCUUUCUUGAAGCCCAUCUCCUGUCACAGGGCUUUGCAGGAGGCAUAAAAGGAGAUGCACUGAACCUAAGAGUUGUGUUUGAGUCCAGGAGCAGGAAUUUAGGCAUUCAGGGUAAAAUAUGAAGUGCUUUUACAGUUAGGAAUAAAGUGAGGAAGUCCAGUUUUCUGGACCCUGAGGUCUAAAGCUGCCCAUCAUAGUUUGGUGUAUCAGCCUCAGAAUGAGACCCAGAGGAACCCUAUGGAGCACAAGCAUGCCUCAAAACUUUGUUUCUUGUGACUUUUAACUACAAAGGACUCAUCUUUUAGCUUUCUGCCCCAUCAGUGCAAAUAGUGUCUGUGUUACAAGCUACAGACAGUCUUUGGCAAGGAGUUAACCCUGGAGCCUCAGCACAAGUCUCCAGGACACUAUUAGGAUUCAACCCUUUGACUGGAGGGUGGAGAUUAAGUUCAGCAUCCUGAAGAUGAGUCUGACCAGAGCCUAGCAGAAGGACAGGGUGUGAAGAAAGCAUCCCCGGUCCCAGAAAUGCGUUAAAAACUGUCUUUAAGGGGCUUCAUCUCUUUGCUUUCUACCUUUGCUUAUGAAAUAUUUGUCACCUCAUCACAGGAGCCUGUGGGGUGAGGAGAUUUAUACAUUCAUAGAAUGGUUUGGGUUGGAAGAGAACUUAAAGAUCAUCUAGUUCCAAUCUCCCUGCCGUGGGCAGGGACACCUCCUACUAGACCAGGUUGCUCAAAGCCUUGAACACCUUCAAGGAGAGAGCAUCCACAACCUUCUUGGGCAGUGUGCUCCAGUGUCUCACCACCCUCACUGUAGAGAAGUAAAGAUGUUUCAGGGCAGCUCAGCUGCUAUUGAAGAAGUGGGAUCAUUGGCUGAGGACUUCGUGGGAAGGAUCCCAGCACAACCAGGGGAUGAUGUGUGUUUUCUCCUCUUCUGUCUCUGCUGCACCACUUAACCACACCCCUCCCUAGUCAGGGGUGAGGCUGCCUAAAGAGAAAGGAAGCCUUCCUGUUAGUGUCUCUUUGUUAUUAAAACGGUGGGAGCAGACGGAUGAGUGCCUUCAGUGUCCUCGCACUGGAUUCAGGCAGCGCCAGGAAGGUCAUGAAGGAUAUUCUCCAUUAAACACACCUUCUUCCUUUCCCUCAACAGAAAGGGUUUUAUUUCCAAAGUUUAUUUUUUUUUUAACCAGAUGAAUAAAUGGGUGAGAUGAUAGAGUACUCCUAUUUUAAUAAAUUCUAUAGCUAUGGCAUAAAGUGGCCGUGGCUGCCCAGCGUGCUCCAACUAGGAGAAAGGUAAAGCUGUUGGGAGGACAUAAAGGAUAAUGCUGAAGAGCAUGUGCAUGUGGGUUGCCUUCUGUAAGUCCAUGUCAGCAAGCCUUGACAACAAGGCAUUUAGGAUAGGCUCAGCAGUGUUGCUUCAGGCUGUCUCACAGGCUUCUAUGUGUCCUUUCCAUCCAAGUUUUUUACCAAAACCACUGUUUCUAACACUAUGCUGUAGCACUGCAGGACUCUAGAAGCUCACAGACCAUAAACACGCUGUGCACAGGCACGUUGGGAGCUGCUACUGGGGAGAUUUGUCUGAUUUCCAAGAUGGGUCACUGGUGAAAAGCAGAGUUUAGUUCAACUUAGCCACGGAAAAGCCCUAAAACAGGCUUGGGAGCUGGAUUCAGCCUUUUCCACCCCUGCCCACAGCAGACUGUGUGUUUCCUGUGUCACUGAGUUUUGAAGCUUGCACUGUGGUGUCAGGUUUUCUGGGUGCUGGUGUUUGCACAUGCCGUCCUACAUCAGACUGUAAUGCUGGCGGGUUCGUUUUUAACCACUUUUCUAAUCCUUAAUUGUUAUGAAGACAGAACUGUAACAUGACUUGCCUUGAUUGCUAUAAAAUUUUGGAAAACAAGAGGAAGUUUAUCCAUGUCCAUCUGUACAAAGAAGGUGGGGGCUUGGUGGUUCAGGCAAAUCUGUGGCUUUUUUUCACCCCAGACUUCACUGAAACCAGAACUGAAUAUUGUUGCUUUAUUUGAAGCUUGCAGUCUGAAGCAUUGAUGUGUGUUUUAAAGGGAGGAGCUGGCAGCCACCCUACACAUGUGUUUGCAGUGCUGACAGAACACAGAGAUCAUAGAAUGUUUUGGGCUGUAAAGGACCUUUGAAACUCAUCUAGCCCACACCCACUGCAGUGAAUAGGGAUGUCUUUAACUAGAUCAGGUUGCUCAGAGCCUCAUUCAACCUGCCCUUGAAUAUUUACAGGGAUGAGGCAUCUACCACAUAUCAGGGCAACCUAUGCCAGAGUUUAUGCCACCCUCAUGGUAAAAAAUGUCUUAAAAUCUAGUCUAAAUCUACCCUCUUCGAGUUUAAAACCGUUACCCCUUGUCCUAUGACUACAAAUCCUGCUGAAAAGAUUGUCCCCCCCUUUUGUUUGUAAGCUCCCUUUAAGCACUGGAAUGCUGCAGUGAUGUCUCCCUGGAGCCUUCUGUGUUUCCGGCUGAACAGCCACAGCACUCUCAGUCUGUCCUGAUAGCAGAAGUGUUCCAGCUCUGGGAUUAUUUUUGUGCCCCUCCUCUGGAUCCACUCCCACCAGCCCAUGUCUUUCCUGUGCUGAGAACUCCAGAGCUGAACACAAGACUCCAGGCAAGGUCCCACCAGAUGAGAGUGGCAGAAUCACCUCCUUGACUUCUUGGCCGCUCUUCUGUUGAUACAGCUGAGGAUACAGUUGGCUUUGUGGGCUGCAAGCACACAUUGCUGGUUUAUGUACAGCUCCUAAUCUACCAGUUCUUAUAUCCAGCUUUUCAUCCCUCUGUGAAGGGCUGCUCUGAGUAAUAUGCAGGUAUGACAAUGACACGCUGCAUCACAGAAGGUUCCAACAUCAAAGGGAAUAGCUAUGCUGGCCUGGAAAACAACACGUCCAGGAACCUUCAUGUUGUGUCCGCCUCUGCAGCUGGGGACCAGACUGUCACACCCCUGUUUCCACUGACAUCCACCCAAAAAGAGCCUAUUGACACUGACAUGGUGGUAGUGAUGAGGGGGUUCUGGUCCAUGCUGCUCUCAGAGAACUUGUGCUUUGGUCCAUUGUAUAGGGUUAACACUCCAGGGGGAGUAACCCUGAACCUGACCCUAGGUGGUCUUGACCCCUCCCCAGGGGCGGGUCUGAACACCACCAGCUGAUGGUUAGCCCACUCCCCCUUCCUGUCCCAUAAAAGCAAGGGGACUUCGUGCUUCACUCUCUCUCUGCACCACUCUCUACAGCUCUCUCUGCAUCACUCUGCUCCAUAUACACCACCAUUACCAUCUGUUCCUGGUUUCUCUUUCUUACACCACGUGGCCAUCACCCACGAGGCAGACCAAGCCAUCACAAUUGGGUUGUAUCUACACCAUUUUGUAUUUGCUAUUUUCCCUUCCCUAACCUUUGUAACUUCCCUACCUCAGAUACCUUUUUAAGUCAUUGUUAAACUUUUUUUUUUAACUUCCAAAUCGAGUGAGAUUCAUUUAUUUGGGUGUGCUUACUUUUCUCUCUCUUCAUCUAAUCCCUUUCUUUUGGGAAAGGAGGGGGAAGAGGGAAGGGCACUGUAAAAAAUUGUUAUUGGUUCUAUCAAAUUUAUUUCAGUCUCUGGAAAUUUAAAUUAGAACUGAGACAUCCAUGAAAAAGAAAAUCCUACUCUUGGUUUCCUCUGAAACUCCAGAAGAUAUGUCUGGGCCCUGGCUGACUACACUGCCCCUGAGGUCCUUCUUUCCAAAUGGUCUUGGCAUCCAGGAUGGGUAUGCAGUGGAUGUUUGUGGCUGUGGGAGUGCCAGAAAUGGGGCAUGUGAAACUCAUGUAGCAGGGUGCUUUACCCAGCACCAACCCGCUUUACCCAGUGCUUUUCCCAACUUUUCCAUUGUUACUGUACAAACCACAGCCUGCCUUGUUGCCACUUGGGCAUCCCUAGCAAUGGCCAGCACAUGUGGCCUGGCCUGAGGAAUGAGUGAGUCUUCAGUUUGCUCCUUUUGCAAUAAAAGAUAUUUUCCCAA